CCCCUGCCGACGUCGCAGGCUGGAGCUCACCUGGGAGACUCCAAGAGGAAGCCGAGCCUCGGUUCGGCCUCUCCCUGGCAACGCCGGAGGCCCCGCGGGAAGGCAGGAGGCGGCGGCGGAGGAGGAGCUGGACUAAUCGGCAACUGUAGCGACAGCCACCGGAGCCGCCGCCGCCACCUGCACCUGGCGCCCGGUCCACGUCCAGCGCCCGCCCGGCCGCCGCUUCCCGCCGCCUUGCCCUGCCCACCCGCCAGUCAACAAACGUUUACUGGGUACCCAUUACAUCACCAACAUUGUGGUAUUGCAAUUUAAGGAAACCUUCUUGCCAGCAAAUCUAUGAUAAAAGAUAUAUGUAACAGAGGAAACUGUAACUGUUACUUGUCGAGUGACAAGCUUUUAAUGUCAGAAUGGCUCACCUAAAACGACUAGUAAAACUACAUCUUAAAAGACAUUACCAUAAAAAGUUCUGGAAGCUUGGUGCAGUAGUUUUUUUCUUUAUAAUAUUUUUGAUUUUAAUGCAAAGAGAAGUAAGUGUUCAAUAUUCCAAAGAGGAAUCAAGGAUGGAAAGAAACGUGAAAAACAAAAACAAGAUGUUUGAUUUAAUGCUAGAAGCUGUAAACAAUAUUAAAGAUGCAAUGCCAAAAAUGCAAAUAGGAGCACCUGUCAGGCAAAACAUUGAUGCUGGUGAGAGACCCUGCUUGCAAGGAUAUUACACAGCAGCAGAACUGAAACCCGUUCUUGACCGUCCGCCUCAGGAUUCUAAUGCGCCUGGCGCUUCUGGCAAAGCAUUCAAGACAACCAAUUUAAGUAAUGAAGAGCAGAAGGAGAAAGAACGUGGAGAAGCAAAACACUGUUUUAACGCUUUUGCAAGUGACAGGAUUUCUUUACACCGAGAUCUUGGACCAGACACUCGACCUCCUGAAUGUAUUGAACAAAAAUUUAAGCGCUGUCCUCCCUUGCCUACCACCAGUGUCAUAAUAGUUUUUCAUAAUGAAGCAUGGUCCACACUGCUUAGAACUGUCCACAGCGUGCUCUAUUCUUCACCUGCCAUAUUGCUGAAGGAGAUCAUUUUGGUGGAUGAUGCUAGUGUAGAUGAGUACUUGCAUGAUAAACUAGAGGAAUAUAUGAAACAAUUUUCUAUCGUAAAAAUAGUCAGACAAAAGGAGAGAAAAGGUCUGAUCACUGCAAGGUUGCUAGGAGCAACAGUAGCAACAGCUGAAACGCUCACAUUUUUAGAUGCUCACUGUGAGUGUUUCUAUGGCUGGUUAGAACCUUUGUUGGCCAGAAUAGCUGAGAACUACACUGCUGUCGUGAGCCCAGAUAUUGCAUCCAUAGAUCUGAACACGUUCGAAUUCAACAAACCUUCUCCUUAUGGAAGUAACCACAAUCGUGGGAAUUUUGACUGGAGCCUUUCAUUUGGCUGGGAGUCACUUCCCGAUCAUGAGAAGCAAAGAAGGAAGGAUGAAACUUAUCCAAUUAAAACACCCACUUUUGCAGGAGGCCUUUUUUCCAUAUCAAAAGACUAUUUUGAAUAUAUUGGAACUUAUGAUGAAGAAAUGGAAAUUUGGGGAGGUGAAAAUAUAGAAAUGUCUUUCAGAGUGUGGCAAUGUGGUGGGCAGUUGGAGAUUAUGCCUUGCUCUGUUGUUGGACAUGUUUUUCGCAGCAAAAGCCCUCAUACCUUUCCAAAAGGCACUCAGGUGAUUGCUCGCAACCAAGUUCGCCUUGCAGAAGUCUGGAUGGAUGAAUAUAAGGAAAUAUUUUAUAGGAGAAACACAGAUGCAGCAAAAAUUGUUAAACAAAAGUCAUUUGGUGAUCUUUCAAAAAGAUUUGAAAUAAAGCACCGCCUUCAGUGUAAAAAUUUUACAUGGUAUCUGAACAAUAUUUAUCCAGAAGCAUAUGUGCCAGACCUUAAUCCUGUUAUAGCUGGAUAUAUUAAGAGUUUUGGUCAGCCUCUAUGUCUGGAUGUUGGAGAAAAUAAUCAAGGAGGCAAACCAUUAAUUUUGUAUACGUGUCAUGGACUUGGGGGAAACCAGUACUUUGAAUACUCUGUUCAAAAUGAAAUUCGGCAUAACAUCCAGAAGGAAUUAUGUCUUCAUGCUGCUCAAGGUGUUGUUCAGCUGAAGGCAUGUGCUUACAAAGGUCACAAGACAUUUGUCACUGGAGAACAGAUAUGGAAGAUCCAGAAGGACCAACUUCUAUAUAAUCCAUUCUUUAAAAUGUGCCUUUCAGCAAGUGGAGAGCAUCCAAGCUUAGUGUCAUGCAAUCCAUCAGAUCCACUCCAAAAAUGGAUUUUUAGCCAAAAUGGUUAAGUGUUCCUUAAAAUUAAGGAGUUGAAAAAGGAGAUAUUCUUUCUUAUAAAACUGUGACUAGGCAUACACUGUAGUUUUUGAAAAUUAUGCAAAAGCAGCUAAUUGUAACUUAUUCCAAGUGCAUUUUUCUUAUUUAUAUCUUAAAAUGUCUAUGUAGCACCGCUACAGAAAUCCCUUAACUUUCCACUUCAAAGCACAAUAGCUAGUAAUACCAAAGACUAUUUUGAAAUGUCCAGAUGCAGAGGAAAAAAUGUUUACAGAAUGAUGAAAAUAAUUUUCCAAGUAAAGCGAUGUUUGUGUGCUUUGUACACUUGAGAAUAUGCAUAGCUACAUUCACACACUCACAAUUUAAAAUUUUUCUUCUAGUUUUUUUGGGGGGAGGGAGAAAGAUUUGAUACUGUAUUUUUUUAACUACAUAGAAAUGGAUCAGUGAAGGUCAAAAAUUGGCCUUUGUGUAAAACCAGGAAAUUUUUAUAGAGCUAGAAUUUAUUAUAUAAAAAUACAGGUAAACUUCUUUUGCAUUUUGUUAACUUAUCUGUCAAAUAUUUCCUUAAACAUGAAAUUAAAUGAAUAAGGAGAAGACUAUUUUUAACACUUCAAUUUCUUGGCAAAUUUAAAAAUAUUUCUUAAAGUUCACUUGACUUGAAGCAAAAGACUUAAAAAAAUAACUAUACUGUGUGUUUUCCCAAAGAAAUUUUUAAAAAACCUCUAAGUCACUAUCUGUUAAAAAGGUGUCUUUUUCCUUUCUGUUAGUCUUUUUUCCUAUCAAAAUUCACUGAUCUUGAAUGUUUAUGAAAUUGAAUUUCAAAUGCAGAAUACUUGACUCAUUUAAAGCAAAAUUUUUUUUGUUACUGAUUCAAUUAUAGAUUGUCUUUGUAAUGAAGUUUUUCACCAAAAAACCGUAUUACUAUCUAUGGAAAACACAAUAAAACAAAUUCUUAUCACUAUUGUAAUGAUUUAAGUUUUUUAUUUUUUGGAUAAAAUAUAUAAUUGAUAAUAGCUAGGGGGAGCAUUAAUUUUGUAUCCUGAUUUUCUAAGCACCAACUGCAGAGUCAUCAGAUAUUUCUGAAGGGGAAAAAACAUUUAAUAGUAAUGGCAUAAAAAGUGGGGAAUGGAGAAGAUUCUGUGUUAGAUAUUUAGAAAAUUUUGUACCAAUUUCUGAUAACUUUCCUUGAGCAUAUGCUAGAGUAAUUUUUUUAAAAUGUGAUGCUUACUGAGAAGAUUUAACAAUUUUUGGUCAUUUUAUAUAUAGAUCUAUACUUAUUGAAGAAGUAAUGUAUGAUCGGCUUUAUGUUUUAAA